AUGGAGAUUACGCCAGAAAAUGUUACCAGUCUUGGUGUCCUAUGGUGCACAUCCUGCCAUCGUGACGUCCUCCGUAUCAGCUACGGGUCCAAUCCAGUGCUAGACAUCAAGGACCAGCUAUACUACAAGGGGCGCAUCCUCAAUCUACUACGCGAGCAGGUGACUGAUUUUGCCAAAGAAGAAUGGCGGGAUGGGGUCAUUAUGGCGAUCUUCCGCGAUCCGAACCCGUUCACCCCGCCAUUCGUGGACAUGCAAUCGCUGUCAUUCUACGGCAGCCGGGACUAUCACACCCUGCAUUGGAUUGUCAUUUAUAAUAUGCUCCGCUACCUACCUGGUGGUAUCCAGUCUAUUAAGCUGUUUGCCCUAGGCUGUGCGGAUCUCAUGAACGCUGCCCAUUCUCUAACCAAACCACUUUUCCCAAUAGUUGAUGUUGAAGGCAACGUGACUCUGUUCCCACCUCCUCUGCGCGCAUUUCCCUUCCCGGCCGACCCGUCCGAGAAGAUCGAACUCGGCUUCAGGGACUUACAGUCCUCUCACCCGCCAGUAAAAGACACUAUUGUGGAGUCAUUUAACCUCCUCAGCCUAUAUUCCACAAUGUUACAAUGGCGCUACUGUCAACAACUCGAUCCAUCGGAUUGCGACCGUUUCGCUGAUUUUCGCAAUCAAGUCCACCACACCCUGUUCGGCCUGCCUGACGAACGCGACCCCUUAGAAACUGUUCUUGAGAUACGUGACCUGUCUACUGAUGACUUCUCUGUGUCUUAUGAGCUUUUUCUUGCCGAUUAG